CAACCAACCCCACCACCCAAACAGAGCCUCGCACCAAAAUGUCGACAACCCACUACCCAAAAAUAACAAUAACCUAUUGCACGCAAUGCAAAUGGCUUCUUAGAGCAGCCUACUUCGCCCAAGAACUCUUAAGCACCUUCCCGACCCUCGGCGAGGUGUCGCUUCGCCCGGCCAGCGGCGGAACCUUCACUAUUGAAAUCCUCGUGCAAGAGGAAGCGGAGGGGGCGAAGGUGCUUUGGGAUCGGAAGCUGCACGGCGGGUUCCCGGAGGUUAAGGCGUUGAAGCGCGCCGUUCGGGAUUUGGUUCAGCCGGGAAGGGGGUUGGGGCAUGUUGAUGUUGAUGUUGUUGAUGGGGGGGUAGUGGCGGAGUGUGAGGAGUGUAAGUAAGGUUAGUAUGAUGGGGUGUGAGUUGGUUGGUUGGUUGGUUGGGAAGGAGAAGGAGGUGGAAGGCACCUGGAAUGGGUGGAAAUAUGGGGUUUUUUUUCUUUUCUUUUCUUUUCUUAUUAUUAUACUCCUGAGAUUUCUCUUGGUGUUUGGUGGAAUGUUCUUUGCUAGGGGGUGUGUUCUGUGGCUUCUUGCUGUGUGUGGGAAAGGGGCGCUGCGAUGGGUCCUCUCAUACCUAGUUCUCGGGCCUGCGGCUCUGUGCUCGAGCACCAACCUGGGAUAAAAGCCUGAGUUAAAUAUGUUUUACUUCAGAC